AGGGCUUGAAACGUCAAUGCACCGAACGACCAAAUGAGUCGAUGUCUUGCAUCGUCGAGAGACUCGAGGCUUGACUAAACGGUACACAAUUGGAAGGCCGAUCGGUUCGUGGGAUCAGAUCUUGACAAGACAAGCGCGGAGAAUUGGAGUAGGAUGUGUACGUGUGGCCCGCAUCAGAUCAGAUCAGGCUGAGAAAUUCAACGAGGUGUUGAAACUGAUUUGGUCACGAAUGCGGGUGAAAAUGAUUAAGAUACAUCCGCAGGAACAGUGAAACAGAAACAGGAAGAAACCGAGUUUUGACAGUACAAAUGUAUGAAGGAACAGUGGAUAAACCUUCCACUGGCCAGAUCUAGCGGCCAGCCACUUGCAAGAGGACCGAGAUGGAGAUCGAUGCCGACAUCUCCUCCUUUAAAACAUCUCAUCUCCGCUGUAGAUAUUCGCUCAGCAUCUUUGGAAAGCUGACGUUUUGACCAACUUCCUGCACUCCUGAACUUGCGGUUGGCUCCACCGUUGACAUGCUCGCCCACCGCAUCCUUUUUAUCCCGGCCUGCAGAUGCUGAAUCAGAACAUGCCCUUGCGGUCUCGAUCGAUCGAGACCGAAAGGUCCACUGUUUGCUCGACAUCCAUGAAACCGCAUCCAAGGUCCACGGCUCCCCACCCUGGUCAAACGCUGUUAUCCCUCGCUCCAGAACAUAUAUAAACAAGUCCCCAACUUGUAGACAUAUUAACAUCCACACCUUCAGCGCGAAAUCGUGUUACAGACUCAGCAGCUCUCAACACUCGUGCUUCGUGAACUCAAUUGACGAUUGAACCCAGUUCAACUGCUGGCCCGAUGGCCACCACCACCACGCUCACGAAGCUCGCGCUGGCUCUGACGCUGGUGCACGCAGUGUGUGCGAGCAGGCAGAUUCUGCAAGCACCAGGCUGCGCAGGCGUGUCGCAGUAUAUUAUAGCGCCUUCGUACGUGUACCCGUGCUCGAUCACGACCCCGAGCUGCGCCUGGUACUCGUUCUCGAACGGCGCGGACAUCGUCAUCAUCAACCCGAACAGCGGGCCCGGGACGACAGCGAAUUCGGACUACGUGAAUUUGAUCAGCGCCAUCAGAGCGUCGACGGACACGUUCAUCACCACCAUUCUGGGCUACGUGGCCACGACUUAUGGAGCCAAGAGCCAGGCCGCCGUCAAUGCCGAGACCGACCUGUACAACUCUCUGUACAAAGUGGACGGCAUUUUCUUCGACGAGGCGUCCACGGACUGCACCAAAACGUCGUACUACAGCAACAUUGUGAGCCAUGUGCAGGACACGACCAUGUCGCCCACUGGCCAGGAUUACACCAUUCUCAACUGGGGCACCAAUGGGCCCGAAUGCUUCCUCCAGACCACGUCGGGCAAUGUCCCCGCCGACAACUUCGUCACCUUCGAGAAUUCUCACGCGAGCUAUGCUUCGUACGCUCCCCUCGCGUACAUGGCCAAUUAUGCCCCGGCACGCUUCUACCACAUCGUGUACAAUGUGACUCAAGCCAACCUCAUCUCCACCAUGACCAAAUCGAAGCAGUCUCGCGCCGGCAGGGUCUAUGUCACGAAUGAUGAUCUGCCGAAUCCCUACGACACUGCCCCGACGCCCUUCACCUCGUACUGGGAAGCCGAGGUCGACAAGGCGGCCUCCUCGUGCUGAUCUCGAGCCCCUUCUGUCGAAUCUCAUAGGCUGCAUGCACAUUAGGUAGCAGCAAUUUUCGGUGUCUUCCAGUUCGAUCGGCUAGUGAUAGAUGCACCAAAUUAUCAUGAUACGGCCUGAUUAGUCUAGUCGGGUGUCUAAAUCACCUAAAUUAGUUUAACUUAGUCUUACCAGGAUACCUUCGUUUAGGCUAGGCUAAAUGUGAACUUUAUUUAUUUAACAUUUACAUUGCAAAUUCUUGCUGGAAUUAUUCGAUGAACAUCUACCAUGCAACCCGCACUCCAAAAUAGCAUUUCAAAUUCCGCCCAA